GGUCACGGGGCGGGGCGGGGCGGGCGGAGGCCCAUGUGGAGCGGGAGUGGGAUCAAGAUCAAGAUCGGGAUCAGGAUCGGGAUCAGGAGGAGAUUGAGCCGCCCGCGCUGAGUACGGGGAGGCCGGAGCCGCACCCGCACCGCCGGGCCCUGGACGCAGCCAGUGCGGACGCCGGGCAGGCCGCGGACGCACCAUGAAGGGUAGCCGGAUCGAGCUGGGAGAUGUGACGCCACACAACAUUAAGCAGCUGAAGAGGCUAAACCAGGUCAUUUUUCCUGUCAGCUACAAUGACAAGUUCUACAAAGAUGUACUGGAGGUUGGCGAACUUGCCAAACUAGCGUAUUUCAAUGAUAUUGCAGUGGGAGCAGUGUGCUGUAGGGUGGAUCACUCCCAGAACCAGAAGAGACUGUACAUCAUGACACUUGGAUGCCUGGCACCCUACCGAAGGCUAGGAAUAGGAACGAAAAUGUUGAAUCAUGUCUUAAACAUCUGUGAAAAAGAUGGCACUUUUGACAACAUCUAUCUGCAUGUCCAGAUCAGCAAUGAAUCUGCAAUUGACUUCUACAGAAAGUUUGGCUUUGAGAUCAUUGAGACGAAGAAGAACUACUACAAGAGGAUAGAGCCCGCAGAUGCUCAUGUGCUGCAGAAAAACCUCAAAGCUCCUUGUCUUGGCCAGAAUGCAGAUGUGCAAAAGACCGACAACUGAACAAAACCCAGCGGACACUUUCUUGCACUUGCUUGUCGCCAAAUAAGGAAAGAGAGGCCUCUUUUUUUUUCCUUUUUUUUUUUUUUUUUUUUUUUUGUUGUUGGUUGCUUGUUUUGGGUUUUUUUUUUUUUGUUUGUUUGGUUUUGGUUUUUUUUUUUUGCUCCAUCCCUUCAUCUUAUUUUUUUUUUUCUUGACCUCUCUCCAACAAAAUGUAAUGCUUCUUCCAAGGAUUGUCCAAUCACGUUUGGGGUUGGGUUUUGGUUGGUUUUGAUUAUCUUUUUGAGCUCUCUUUUCUGGUAGGUUUUUUUUUUUUUGUUUUUAUUUUGAGGGCGGGGGGGGGCUGUUUUUUUGUUUUUGUUUUCUGUUAGGGUGGGAAAAGGUGUGCAGAUCUCUUUGAGGUGUGGAGGGCUUGAGCAGGCUAUCCUGAUGACAAGUUUCCUUCAGAAUUACUCUUUUGGUAAGCAGAAUGUAAACCCAAUGGGGGGGAAAAGGCAAAGCAAUAUCUUGUCCUUUGACUCCUACAUCAUUGUGUUUUUUAUAACCUACAGGGUACUUUACUCUCCCCCAAUGUUACUUUGAAUGUUACUUCAGUACUUCCCACUCUUCCUCUUAAUCCCCCCACCUCAAAAAAGUAUAUUUAGUUCUUCCUAAUAUUUUUGAGUAUGGCUUUUUCCUCCAUCUUUUGCUGAGAAGGGUGGGCUACUUUACCAUACCUUUUCACUCUGCCUGGGCUGAUCUUUUUGAAUGCUUUUUUAAAAUACUCCUCACCCAAGCUGGUGCUACACUUCUUAACUGACUGAGAGGAGGAUUUAGAGUGGUCUUUGUUUUUUCUUAUUUUCAUUUACCCGACUCCCAGCAGACUUUUGCCAGAGUAAGAGCUAGAUCUGGUGUUGGCAAGAAUAACCUUGUAAAAGUAUGAAUCCUGAGGAAGCACCCUUGCUUUAAAAAUGGGUGACAUUCUGCAGGGCUCAUUGACAGUUAGUUUUAUCUGUGUUGUUGGGAUGGAAAAAGUGACUGUGACCACCUUACCAGCUUUGAUGACAUAAGGCAAGCACCUGUCUCCAGAUAACUUUGUUACAGCUACUGAAUCUGUGGUGACAGAUGUAAGGGUUGAGGAAACCAGGCAGCAAGGCUAAGAAGGCAGACAUGAAUCUGACCCUAAUCACAUAGCUUUGCAGGGUCUCCUGGAUUUGCUUGGGAUUGGCUUGGCUUGCUGUGUUUAUGAGCUCCUUUGGGAGGAGGUGGUGAAGACCUGUGCAGUUUUGCUCCUUUGAAGAUUAUUUUCCCCUUCCCCUGUUCAGUAGUAAUAAUGCAGUUCUCCUCUGGUGAGAGGGUGUUCGUGGAGCACCGGAGAAAGCAGCGUAUAUUAGAGCAUUUUAUGGGUUUGGAAAAUAGGCUGGCUGGCUUCUUCCUAGUACUGUAACUUUGAGGCUACAGUAAACUGUACUAAGCUCUGCUUUGCAUCCUUUCAUGCUUUGUUUGCGUGAAUACCAGUGCUCCUUUCUAGGCACUGUUGCCAGCAAUUUUAUGUAUGCCAAUAUAAAUACCAACUUGAGCUUGGACUCUUCUCCAAGCAUCUGGGAAAGUGCACUGAGCUGAGACAACACCAACCUGCCCCAUCCCCCAUGUAGAUGCUGAACUGUAUUCUUUUCCUGUUUGUUUUUUAAAGUUUAAAUCUGCAUCUUGAAUUCUUCCGCUCUGAAAGCCUCCAACCUGUAGUGUGCAUUGCAGCAUACAUCUGGUUAGUAGGUGCUGUCCAGUCAUUAGAGGGUGACUUGGGAACCAAGGAUUCCAAAAUAGGAAUUGUGGUGAGGCAAGGGAUGGCACCCCUCGCUGCACGUUAAGUGGUCUUUGAUACCCCAGGGGUGACUAUAUGAGCUGCUACACAAUUAUUCCUUCUUUGACAGAGAUGUGUAGUGUUUGUUGGAGUGCAUCUUGACAGUCCUGCGCUGGAAAACAGCUACUUAAUUUGCUGAGUUUGCACUAAUGGAGUCUUGGAGAUGGGCAGAUGGCCAACACCAGCCCAUCUGCAUGGUCUGAGCACCUGAGUUUGCAACACUCAGUGACAGACUCUGGCUAGAAAGAUGCAAACAGUUCCCUUGGCCAGAGGCUGCCUAGUUUUGACAAAAGCUUAUUUUCAGUACAGCUAGGACCUGCUCAUGGUGGUUAUGUUGGCAGUCCAGCAUCUUUCUAGAAGGGGAUGUAUCGAAGCACAAUUAGCUUGUCAUAUGCCAACAUAGUUUCCCUGGCCAUCUGUAGACCAAACCAAGAGAAGUAUGUGGAGGGAGAGAGAGAUAGUAUUGUAUUUGAAGAUGUUCGUGCAGCACAGCUGUAACUCAGACCAUAGCUGCCUCUGGUGCCAAGCAAAGUGCUCUUCAUUCUUCUAGAACUAAGUGGUAAGUGUUUGGGUUGGGUAGAUGGGUGUGGGGAUAUGAGCUCUUAGGAUUUGCUGUUGUUGUAGGCUUCCACAAAUCAGUGUGUUUCACAGACAGUUUUUCUUCAGGUUUAAAAGUACAAGUCUGAUGUCUGAACUUACUUGGAUUAACCUUUGUUUCUGUCUCUUUUUGCUUUGGGCUGCCAUCAUUCUAUGAAUGUAUCCAUGAGAACAAUUCUUAAAGCUCCUAUUCCACAGCAGACCUGCCUCAUUGUAACUUCUGAUAAAAUAUUUUGUAGGAGGUGGAAGAGAGAAUAAAUCUAAGACUCCUUUUCCCAGGCUAUUAAUCCUGGAAAACAGUUGUUGAAUCUUGAACACAAGGUUUAAUCUGACUCUUAAGAAAACGGUGUUCCCUGUACAUGGAUAAGGGCAAGUGAAGGUCAGUAGUUCUGGAUGACAAACAGUUGUAUUUUAUUAGUCUAUCAGUUGUGUUUAGCCAGGGAGGAGAGUGCUGUAUCUUAGUGCUGUUAACCCAGAGACACUGAAAUUGUGUGAAGUGUGGGCUUACUGCAGAGAACUUCAGUUACUUUGAUUGUUGCUGCAGGAGGACAUCCUUCUAGCUUGAAAAUAACAGCUUGUGAACAACUAAAUUUUUCCAAAGUUGGGAGUUUCAGUGGGGAAGAAAAACCACCAGCACCUCCUGUUCUGGAUGAAGAUCUAGCAAGAAAAAUGUAUGUGACUAACCGCUUUAGAGUGUAAAUUGUGUAUAUACAAGUUAUCCCUGAAUCUCUGCAACUGGCUUUGUCAUACAUCGGUCGAAGUAUGAAGAUAUUACCUACAGAAAGACUCCUACUUGAGGAAACCAUGGUACAGGAGAAAAAGAAUCAUCCAGAAGAGAGAUCCCUCAUUUUUGGGAGGGGGAAGGGAGAGAAUGUAUUUAGUGUAUACAGAAACUGGCUGAGUUUACAUGAUGCAGCUAAUGGUUAAACCUGCCAACUAAAUAUGACAUACUGAAAUAUGACAAUUGAAACAAACUUAUGUGAUAUUUUGCUAAAUCUUGAUGGUGCCCUGUGUCUAGUAAAAAUUUGAUCCUCCAAAUUGUUUUAUUCUCCCCCAUGUUGUAAUCCAGGGUCAGCUGCUAUGCACAAUGUCUGUGUUUUGUAAAGUGUUUGCUGACUUGGAUGUUUCUUUUGAAUCUGCAACUGCUUCCUGAUUAAUUGGCUAAGACCACCCCUGGUCUCUUGAGUUAAGAUUUAGUGAAAGGUAUGCUGUAUGCAGUUUACAGAUGCAUUCGCAAUGUUACAAGUUAAGUUGCAGGGGGAGCAAAUUCUUUACAAUAAGAUGGUCCAUUUUUAAUCUAUAUCAUUGCCCUUGUUGUACAUCAGGAGCAUGUUUUUGUUUUUCUCAAACUCUUUAGAAAUACCGUUCAGAAUAAACGUGCACUAUUUGAGUUAUGUCAUUUACAA